AUGGCGUCAACAAAUCAUUUCAGUUUGGUGUUAUUUUUUACUUGUUUGUUAGAUACCGGUUUCGUUGUAAGUAAAGGCAAAGACUAUGAUAAAGACGUGCAAGCUUUACUUCCUGACUUUGAACGAAUUGCCAAAAGUAUUGACAAAAACGGGUUAAAAACGAACUUAUGGACGGUUGGAACAUACAUCGCAGCCCACAAAUAUUUCGGAGUAGACUUCCGGUAUUUAACCGGGAAGAUUGAAGCAAGCGACCAAGUCUUCCACAAAAAAUUUCCAUCACCGAUUCUGAGAGACCUUCAUCCAACAGCAUCCAAGGCUUGCGAAUCUUCAGCUAUGAAGUGUGUGACGGAGGUGGUUUACAAAGCUAGGCAGUCCGGCUCACUUCAACACUUAAUGAAAUCAAAAGAGAAACUUCCAUCAUUCGCACCAUUCAAAAAUUACUACGAGGAAUUCAAAUUUCGACAGACAGCCAUGUAUUAUCUGUGUUGGCAUACUCAGUUGGAGGACGAAUUUCUCAAAUUCAGCUCUGGUAGACAAUCAUGCCUAUCUUAUCUAAAUGCCGUUGAUGAAAUACCGGCAAAGAAACGAUUCAAGCUGGUUGGAGACGACACUCCUGCUAUAGAAGAUAUCCGAGACGAAGACUUCCGGAAUGACCCUUUCACGUGUGCACGGCUUUGGUUCUGUCCAGACCCUUGCUAUGGAAGAAAAGAUAGAGGUCAUUUUAAGAAAAGAAACUUUAAGGUGAAAGGAAAUCCCUGUUUGGAACUGAAAAAUAGUGAAUGCAAAUGGGAAAAAAAUGGAAAUAUCAAUUUCAAAGACCUAAUACGGAACAGAUUCAAUAUUACGUGUGAUUGUUCGUCCGACCGGAAAGGUUUUAGUUGGAACAGUAGAUUUGGAAUGUGUGUCGACACAGAUGAAUGCUAUGAUAGGACGUCAAACUGCCCUGACAAUAGACUGUGCAAAAACACUGUUGGGUCUUUCAUGUGCACAUGUGCCAAAGGUUAUGCAGUCAAUCCUGAGACAGAUGAAUGUGAAAAAACUGAAAUUCUACACGAGUCGGCAUCGAUGUUAAGUUAUAAACAUUUCCAAAGAGAGACAGACAAAGAAAAAGGAGAGCCAGACUUUGUAUUAGAGAUGAUGGAUUUCGUAGGUUUGUCAGUUGGUAACAGAAUAUUACAGAAUAAUCUGUCCGUUCUAACAACUGUAUCAAUGGUUUUACUACAUUUCUUAAUAUGA